CCCACAAACUCCGGAAAACGCAAGCACGCGCCGCCGUCCGUCCGACUUCGAGAUGCUGCCUAGGGUUGCGCCCUCCCCGUCCCCCGCCGCCGCCGCCGCGGCGGUCGGCCAGCUCUCCGUGGCCGGUUCUCUGUGGGUGCCGCCGCAGGGGACCCUGUCGUCCGCGGCGGGGUCGGCGGCGCUGUCCUGCAGGGCGGCCGCCAAGGGGAAGGAGGUGCUCAGCGGUGUCAUGUUCCAGCCCUUCGAGGAGCUCAAGGGCGAGCUCUCCCUCGUGCCCCAGGGCAAGGACCAGUCCCUCGCCAGGCACAAGUUCGUCGACGAGUGCGAGGCCGCCCUCAACGAGCAGAUCAACGUGGAGUACAACGCAUCGUACGCUUAUCACUCGCUCUUUGCCUACUUCGAUCGUGACAACGUUGCUCUCAAGGGAUUUGCCAAGUUCUUCAAGGAAUCGAGCGACGAGGAGAGAGGCCACGCGGAGAAGCUCAUGGAGUACCAGAACAAGCGUGGUGGGAGGGUGAGACUCCAGUCCAUCGUCACACCAUUGACGGAGUUUGACCACCCUGAGAAAGGCGAUGCUCUGUAUGCAAUGGAGUUGGCUCUAGCUCUUGAAAAGCUGGUGAAUGAGAAGCUGCACAACCUGCACAGUGUGGCAACAAGGUGCAACGAUCCUCAACUGACCGACUUCGUGGAGAGUGAGUUCCUUCAGGAACAGGUUGAUGCUAUCAAGAAGAUCUCUGAGUACGUCUCACAGCUGAGAAGAGUCGGCAAAGGCCACGGAGUAUGGCACUUUGACCAAAUGCUGCUCGAGGAGGCUGCUUGAAGGCCAUGGUGACGAGCAGUCAAGGGAAGAUGUAGGUGUCGAGUAGUGGAUCAGCAGACCAACUACUGGGUGUGGUUUUGAGGGAUUUUUGCAGUGUGUUUGUAGGAUCCGUAUGCAUGCUCUGUGUCUGGCAUUUUGAAAUAAAACGAAGGGGGACAUGUUCUGGUCUUGAUGCCAA